AUGUUCUCCAGGGGCCGCAUCAGGUUGCGCCAGCUCCGCACCGUCGGGACAUGUCUCCGUCUCAACUCGACAAUGACUGGCCCACCCCGUUCUCCAAAGGAUCUCUAUCACCACUUGUCCCAAUAUGUAAUCGGACAAGAGGCAGCCAAGAAGACCCUCUCGGUGGCUGUGUUCAAUCACUACCGCCGUAUCGAGCCCCUCGCAGCCGCUGCAGCCGAUGAGCCACCUAGGCCCGUGUACACCCAUGAGCCGGCCAACGAACAGCUCAUCUGGGACCAGCCCGAUGGUCCACCCCAACCUCGUACUACGCCGCCGCCGCCUCCACCACUGCAGAAGCCUAGCUUUGACGUCGACUAUGAACGCACAAACGGUGUUCCCGACUCGACCCGCGCAGUGGGUGCCGGAGAGGACGGCUCGGACCCAACAGUCACACAUGACAUUCUGUCCCGCGAGGAGAAAUGGGACACAGCCCGUGGAGAUGGCUACUUUUCGUCCCGGCGCCCGCCCACUUUGCUCUCCAAGAUGAACCGUCGCGCUCGCGAGGCUGACUUGACGUCUUCAGUCACCAAUGAGAGCGAGAGGCAGGCGCCACCUGAUCCCCCGCGUCCACGCAAGAAGAAGCAGGACGAUGACUGGAGGGCUCAGAACCAGCGCAAGCUCGAGGACGCGGCUCGCGCACGUCGCGCCGCCGAGCUGCACGAGGCCAUGGCCAGUAAUGGAGAUCGCCAGGUGGACGAGGACCCAAACGUUACCGUCGAGAAGAGCAACGUGCUCAUUGUUGGACCCACGGGUACCGGCAAGACAUUGAUGGCCAAGACACUGGCACGUGCCCUCGACGUGCCGUUUGUCUCAUGCGACGCCACAACGUAUACUCAGGCAGGAUACGUCGGCGAGGAUGUUGAGAGCUGCAUUCUGCGCCUUCUCCAGGCCGCCGAAUACGACAUUGCCCGUACCGAAAUGGGCAUCAUUCACAUUGACGAGGUGGACAAACUCGCCCGCCGUGGCGGUAACGAGUUUGGCACCUGGGGUGGCGGCCGCGACGUCGGUGGUGAAGGUGUCCAGCAAGCCCUCUUGCGUAUUCUCGAGGGCACGACUGUGACACUCUCGGCCAAGGCCCCGCCCAUCACCUCGACCCCACCAUCGGGCAGCUCGUCCCACUCCAGUGGCAACAGCCCCGCAGGUAGCCCCAGUGGCACCAAGGCCGAGUCCAACUUUUCCGAGCCGCCCGGAUGGGACCCGAACAACCCCAUGAACCGCACGUUUGGCGCUGCCACGGGCAAAAAGGGUGUUCGUGAGGGUCUCCCCGGGUUCAACGGCGGCGGAGGUGCCCAAAAGGGCGACACGUUUGUUGUGGACACCAGCAACAUCUUGUUCAUCCUGUCGGGCGCUUUCGUUGGGCUUGAGGGUAUCAUCCAGCGUCGUCUAGGCAAGGGGUCGAUCGGUUUCGGUGCCCCCCUCCAGGCUGUCGUCGCCCCGAGUGCACUCAAGGUUACCACGCCUGAUUUGAAGGACUAUGGACUGAUCCCCGAAUUCCUCGGCCGUCUCCCCAUCCUGUCCUCGCUGCACGCCCUGGAGAUUGAGGACCUGAUCCGUAUCCUCACCGAACCCCGCAACGCCCUGAUCAAGCAGUACAAGACGCUGUUCCGUCGCUACGGCUCCGAGCUGGGCUUCACCCACAAGGCCAUGCAGGCGAUCGCCCAAGAAGGUCUGAACCGCGGCGGUGGCGCCCGUGGUCUGCGCGGCGUGCUCGAGGAGGUGCUUGUGGACGCCAUGUUCGAGGUCCCCGGCUCGAGCGUCCAGCACUGCCUCAUCACCGAAGGCGCCGUCAAGCGCCGCGAGCCAGCACUCUACUUUAGCCGUGGCAACCGACACCAGUUUGUCGAGGCGAUCGAGCGCGAGGAUGGGGUCCGGCAGCGGUCCACGCCCGCGUUUGUGGCCGACGAGGAGAAGAUGCGCGCCGUUGGGUGA